AGAUGGCCGCGCCCGUGUCGAGCUGACUCCGUUGCAAGGCGAACUCCGCUUCAAACGCGCAGCAACUCUUAAAUAUAUUUUCUUUCUUUAAUACAUUUCAUUUUAAAAGUAUCUUGCCUGGCCCGCCUACACGUCGAUUUACUGCAAUAUACACCCAUCCUUGGACGGGCAAAAAAUCUAGUUGACAUGAAUAACCGAAGAAAGCGCUCGUUGCCUGUCAAGGUGGACGUGGAGAAAAGAAAAGUUCUCUGCUGGAGUUUGCAGGAUGAGUUUGCUCCUACAGCUCGGACAGAACAAGGAGAUGCUGCCCAGUUGCAUACCGAAGACUCGGAUGCCAUUGCACAAACCUCGGACUCGGCGACGUACAGCAGCGACGUUCCCGGUCGCAGCUCAGACACGCCCGGUGGAUGCUCAGAUGUUGCUGCAUCGGCUUCUCCGGCUGCCCCGGCCACUCGACCUUCACCUCUGCGUCUCGCGGUGUAUCCCCAGCCAACAGAGCAGCAAGCGUGGAGUGCCGUUCUGCUGUCGUUUGAGCUCACGUACUCAUUUUCUGACUUUGCUGCCCAGACAACUGACCUGCCAGUGAUGGUGACCCACGACCCAUGCGCUCCCUCACAAUUGCUGUGCGAGUGCGACUCGCCGUUGGUGACCUCUGUCGAUCGCCCUGAGACGAGCGUGCGUGCCAGCGCAACGAUUGACCUGGACAUUCUGUUUGGUCUUGCCUGGCUGCAGCGAAACAAAGUCGUCACCCUUUAUCGAAAACCAACACAGCCGUAUCCUUGCACCGUCACGGUCUUUGUCCAUAUGUUGACAGCAGGACUGUCCCACAUAGAGAUUCUCAGUGAGGGUUACUGGAAAAUAAAAAAGGUCAACCAGCUGCUGCAAAAGCUUUUGGCACUUUCUCAUAACUUCCCAAUUCCUGAGGAGCAGCAAGAAGAGGCUGUGACAGAUGAAGCUUUGGACCUCCAGAAACAGAAUGUGGAAGCGCUGUACGACUAUGUGUGGGAGGCCCACAGUUCCUUUCGCACUGCCACUGCUGACACUGCCAGUGGCACCGACAAGCAUGUGGGGGGUUGCCAGGAUGCACAAACAGACGUGCACGCUAACUCACGUUCACUCGUCGACGCCGACUCUGCACCUGAGACCUUGUCUCAGCUGAAUGAGCAGAUGAGUUCCCAAAGUUCGGAGGGAACCUUCUUGGUAGAGGCAGCAGCACAGAGCGAUAGCGGGAGCUCAAGCGCCUGCGACAUCCAGCACCCACUGCUCGUGCCACAGCUCCGCCCUUAUCAGUGUCAGGCCGUGCAGUGGAUGCUGAAAAGGGAGCACGUUGGUCACGAUGCUUGCUCCACAGGAGGUGAAAAGAAGUUGCAUCCACUGUGGAAGGAAUUCUCGACCAUUGAUGGUCAAACAUUGUACUGCAAUUAUUAUACUGGCAGCAUCAUCAAGGAUCGUCCAGAGGCAGCUCCCGAAUGUCCAGGAGGCAUCUUGGCCGAUGAGAUGGGUCUGGGCAAAACCAUAGAGGUUCUGGCUCUUAUUCUGGCCCAUCCAAGACCUAACAUGGCAACAACAAGCGAGCUCCUCCCCAGUGGUGUUAAAGUUAACUACUACAUUCCGCCUCCUGAGACGGAAAAGGUGAAAGAGAAAAUUAAGCCGAGUGCCGGAUCUCCUAACAAGCCAGCUGUCAGUGCUGCAGGGCUCAGGACCAUGAUCGUCGAGGCGUUCCGCAAGGCUAAGGGCCGCAAGGGCGUGUCCAUGAGCGCCUUGUAUCGCCACCUGUCGGCUUCCUGCGGCUACGACGCCGUGCAGAAGCGGAAGGCGGUGCAGAGCGCCGUGCGGGUCAUGCUGGACGCCGGCACGCUGCAGCACGUCAAGGGGCAGGGUCUCGGGGGAACCUUCCGCGUCAGCAAGAGCUACAGAGAGCCUGUCGCUGGGCUCACCAUGAGCGCGCGCAAGGCACGGGCCACGCCUGCGGAAAAGACAGUGACAGACGCUGCAACGUCGUCAUCUGUACCAGCAGAUGGAGAAGAGCAAAACUCCACGGGGGAUGCGGGUGCAGAGCGGGCUGCCAACCAGGAGAGGGAGGCACCACCUGCCAUGAGGUCAGGUGGUGGUACCGAGAUGGGCGUUCAUGCGGAGAUGGAGCCAAGGAAGCCCGUGCCCAUCUUCCCCUUCAACACGAAGGACUACCGGUUCGAGUGCGUGUGCGGCGAGCUGGGCUUGAGCGACUUCAAGCCGCGCGUGCAGUGCAUGAGCUGCGGGCUGUGGCAGCACGCCGCCUGUGUCAACUACAGCACGGCACUGCUGCAGGCGCAGGAAGGCACCGGCGCAAUUGGCGGGCGACAGCAACAGCAGCAGCAAGAGGAACAGAAGGAGGAUGAAGAGGAGGCGGAGGGCGGUAGCAGUGGCGAGCGUCAUCUGCCAUUCCACUGCGCUCACUGCCUGGUGGCGAUGGAGCCGACCCUUUCGGGGGCCACUUUGAUUGUGUCUCCCAGCUCGAUUAGUCACCAGUGGGUGGACGAAAUCAACCGGCACGUCCGCUCCUGCACCCUGCGCGUGUUGGUGUACAACGGGGUAAAACGUGACGGCUUUGUGCAGCCGCGCAAGCUGGCGCAGCAGGACGUGGUCAUCACCACGUACGACGUGCUGCGCACGGAGCUCAGCUAUGUGGACCUGCCCUACUGCAACAGAGGAGUGGGGUCUGCAGGUGGUGCAGACAGCCUCUUGCCGUCUGAGGGCGGCCGCCGGUUCCGGCAGGGCAAGCGCUAUAUGGCGCUGCCGAGCCCGCUGGUGGCCGUGCACUGGUGGAGGGUUUGCCUGGACGAGGCCCAAAUGGUGGAGCGCACAACCGCAAAGGCUGCCGAGAUGGCUCUGCGUCUCAGCUCGGUGAAUCGCUGGUGUGUGACUGGGACACCUGUCCAGCGCGGACUGGAGGACCUGUACGGCCUGGUGCUGUUCCUGGGCGUGGAGCCGUUCUGGGUGCGCCACUGGUGGGAGCGGCUGCUCUACCGCCCGUACGUGCGUGGCGACCCCACGCCGCUCUACCUCCUCGUCUCCGCAAUCAUGUGGCGCUCGUCCAAGAAGCACGUCAUCGACCAGAUUGAGCUGCCCCCGCAGACAGAGGACAUGCACUGGCUAAGGUUCUCCCCCGUCGAGCAGCACUUCUACCAACGUCAACACGAGCUCUGCUCCCAGGAUGCUCUGGUCAAGCUGCGCAAGUUGCCGGACUGGUCGGUGCGGCUGAGCGCCCUAGAGCGGCGCACCGUGUCCAGCUUGCUGGCCCCGCUGCUGCGGCUACGCCAGGCGUGCUGCCACCCCCAGGUGGUGCGUGGAGAGUUCCUGCCGCUGCAGAAGAGCACGAUGACCAUGGAGGAGCUGCUGUGCUCGCUGCAGAGGAAGUGCAAGACGGAGUGCGAGGAAGCACACCGCCAGUUGGUGUGCGCGCUCAACGGCCUGGCCGGUGUCCACAUCAUUAACGGGGAGGUUGUGGAUGCCGUCCACAAGUACAGAGAGGUGCUCCAGUCCUCCGAGGAACACAAAGAAAAACUCAAGACGGACUCUCUGCAGAGGCUGCACGCCACACACAACCUCAUCGAGCUCCUGGGCCGGCAUCGCGUUGGCAUCGCGCCCACGCUGCGGGACGAUCGGCUGCAGGAAGAGGCGGAACAGCUGAGGCACCGCUACAUGAGCAAGUACGAAGCGGAGGUGCGGGAAGCUCACGCCGCCCUGCAGCCCGUCGCCGUCACUAUCCGGGACGCCGCACACAAGGUGAAGGGCGGCGCGGCGGGAGGGGUGUGGUGGCUGGACGUGAUAGCGCACGCGCUGCGCUCGGGACAGGAGGAGGAGCUGCUGUCGCGCGUGCAGAACGAGCUGUGCUCCAACACCAAGCACAUGCCGCACGCCUACUCCAUGGCGGACAAGUUCCGGAAUGCACGGGGUCUGCAGCUGCUGCUGUCAGGGCAGCUGGACGCGCUGCGCUCGGCACGGGAGGCGGUGCGCUCCGCCGUGCGCGGGCUGGAAGCCCCCCCUCGCCGCGACUCGUGCUGCUCCGCCACCGUCUGCCACCUCCGUGCUCAGCGCCUGCCCCGCAACUCGUGCCCUUUCUGCAAGGCAGAUGAGCUGUUCACAGAAUACGAAUCCAAGCUGUUCCUGCAGAACGCCAAGGGUCAGGCGGCCGUGUGGGAGGAGCUGAUCAGCGAGGAGGGCGGCUCCGUGGAGAACCUCCGCCCGGCGACGGGCCGCGGCCUGUGGGCUCUCAGCGAGACGGAGCGCGUCCUGCGGGCCCUCCUGGCCUUCGCUCGCGCCACCCGCCACCCCGCGGCCGUGCUAGAGGAGGGCGGCUACGCUAUGGAGCUCUUCGACGCCUGGAAGAAGGAGUACAAGCUGCUGCAUGAAUACUGGAUGAUGCUGCGCAAUCGUGUGUCGGCCGUGGAUGAGAUCGCCAUGGCGACAGAAAGGUUCCGGCUGCUGCAGCCGGAUGAGGAUAGGCCGGAGCCGGCGCUUCCACACGUUAUCGAGCCGGGCCAGGUGGAGCAGCAGAGGAUGAAACUUUUGAACGAUAAAGCACUCGCCGCUUCCCAGCUCCGCAAAAAACUUGGACAGAUGCUCUACCUGAGCAACCUGGAGAAGUCGCAGGACAAGUCUGGACAACUGAACCCGGAUCCCUGCCCCAUCUGUGCCCGGAAUUUCGGAAAACAGUGGGUGGUGCUGCAGUGCGGACACUGCUUCUGCAACGAAUGCACGGCCAUCCAGAUGGCGCAGUACAGCGUGGGGUCGAAGCGCUCGGCCAUCCGCUGCGCCGUGUGCCGGCACACCACGCUCCACCACGAGGUGUCCUACGUGUCCACGGUGGGGGACGGGGACCAGGCGGACGACGUCACCGUCAAGGGCAGCCACUCCACGAAGGUUGAGGCGGUCAUACGGGAGCUCAUGAAGAUCCACAUAUCGGAUCCCGAAGCCAAGUCUCUGGUCUUCUCUACGUGGCAGGACGUGCUGGACAUUAUCGGCAAGGCCCUCAAAAAGAACGGCAUCUACUUUGCACAGAUCAAUGGGAUCCACCGCUUCCAGGAGAACCUGAGUGCGUUCAAGCACGACCCGGGCACCAACGUGCUGCUGCUUCCACUUCACACGGGCUCCAACGGGCUCAACAUCAUCGAGGCCACCCACGUCAUCCUGGUGGAGCCCAUCCUCAACCCGGCCACCGAGAUGCAGGCCAUAGGCAGGGUUCACCGCAUCGGGCAGACGCGGCCAACUGUGGUGCACAGGUUUGCCGUGAAGUCCACAAUCGAGGAGAAGAUGGUAGCCAUGCUGAAAUCGGCAGAAAAGAUACCUCUGCCUCUGAGCCGGCCGCAGUCGGACGCCUCCAUCUGGACCGUGGCCGACCUGGCUGACCUCUUCGCCGAUGAGUAAUCGAGAGGAAGACGAUGAGCAGGCGUAAGCGACGAGACAGGCAAAGUUAUUUCGGGCAGCUGUGUGGCGUCGCCGAAUGUUGGCCUGGCUGUCGCUUGACUUUGCCUGCAAGGCCACAGGUUAUUUCACUUCCAAAAUAACGAACGAAGUUUUGAGUCCUAUUUUAUAUUUUGUUAAAUGUUUGCAAUAACACUAAACAAGAGCAAAAAAUAACGUUCACUUCUUUUAGCUGUCAGGCACCACGAACCCCAGGCCAUUCGGUCUGCGGUCCGCAUCAUUGACCAAUCAACCUCGUGACCACUCGCCCUCGCGUAAAGGUGGUGGUGAAGAGAUGUUAUCUCCCUCACCUGGUACGCAGGAAGUUUUGGGUUUGAUCCUGGACCCUGAUGAUUCCUGUUGUGUAGUCGGAGUCCACGUGUUCUCUCUCUCCCCGUGGUGGUCGCAUGGAUUGUUCUCUGGAUACCUCAUCCGGUUUCGCAACCCUCCCACAUGUGUACAGAUCAUUUAGCUGCUGCGAUAAAUUCCCACACGCGAUGAUCAGCCGCCACUUCGGUGAGUUAUCAUGUGUGGCCAGGUCGCCUCGGAAAAAUGAGUGGGCUCGACCUGGUAAAAUAGAAUAGUUUAAUUUUUUCGAUUUAAAGCUUUCGUGACUGCAGGGAUUCAUCUUCUUGGUUCUUUCGCUAAAGUCACGUAGAAGGGAAGUAAUAAAAUAAUUUAAAAAAACAUCAUAAAAUAAUAUAAUAAAUAAAAUAAUAUUUUAAUAUAUUAUUUUAUUUUGAGUGCCACAUUAUUCUUUUUGAAUAGUUUAGUUUAUACAUUAGAUUAUCAGAGCUCGAUUGCACAGUCUUCCUGAAAGAGCCGUCUUCAUGGGGGGCGGGGGGGGCCAUGUGUGUUUGACUUUGUGAGCGCUGAUUGUAUUCUUCCGUGAGGCAGUGCAGCCGCCCUUAAAAACAAGCCUUAAUUGCCUUUGGUGAGUGCCACAGUCAGUACCCCUUGCCAUUCAACCGCCGCUGUUCAGGUGGCAUUCAGAGUAUGAGGCAAUACCCACGGAUAGGUCAAGGAGAAUGACAGUGGUAGCCAAGGGAUGGAAUGCGUCUAAGCAAGCGCCACAUCCCAGGAUCGUGAAAAUUAGCGACGGCAUAGGAAGGCCUUCAUUCAGCUGUGGAUUGAUCACGUCCCACAAAUAGUCGCAACUUAGUGUGUUUCAUUGAAGGGUAGGGGGUAAGCAAGUGGGUAGUACGUGAAAAGUAUGGCAAGCAUGUGUCUUAGCUGAAUCAGUAAAGAGGAGCUCCUGAAGACUGAGACACGGGUGCAGGAUUGGAGAGCGCAGUUUGCCGCGACAGACACUGCGAGUAAGCCCCCAGUGGUUUGCGACCAUGGGGAAGACCUAAAUGCACAUGAUGGAGGUGAUGAGACUGCACGAGGAUGUGUGUCAACUGUGUAACACAAGGAAGAGCUCAAUCUUAAGACGGCGGUGGUAAUGAGACGGUAAAGCUUGAGGUGUCAUUUUUACACCAACUCCAGGGUCUUACAAAAAGGAGCAGUGACGUGGUGCAAUCGCAUUCAUGGCAUUGGUCCUGAAGACCUCUUGAUCUUGAAUAAUUAUUAUAAUUAUUAUUAGUACCAGUAGCUCACAAGGGAUUAUGGGAAGAGUUUACCUGUAGGUCUGUUGCGGGUGUUGUCUGGGUUUUUUUGUACCAUAACCUCCCUCUGUAGCGUCUGAGCAUUGCAUUUUUCAUACUUGGUAUAUUGACUGCCACGUAUUUGUCAAGUUGAUGGGAUUUCCCAUCGACUGGAAUUGAUGUUUACUUUCACACGGAAGGGUUAAGGGAACGACUGUGUGGCCGACACCUGGCUGGUGUGUUGGAUGGCACGCUAAGUCUGCCUGAAUUUACAGCGGCUUUCUUGAGCAUAAUACCGUGAAGAGACUUAUGAAGCCAUCUGCUUUUUACAGCCCCCGUUUUAAAUUUGCAUGCAAUGUCUUUAUAGAGAGGGAUUUAUUCUUUUUCUCUGCUUCUUACUGAGGACAUAGGACACUGUAACGCUUUGUCACAACAAGUUUUCACAUCGGCCCAUGUGAGCAGCUCUGCAGAGCACAACAUGAAACCUCGUUUUUUAAAUGUCAUGUUUGUAUUGUUUAAUAAUUUGCACUAGCGCGGCUCUACGUUACACGAAAAUAGAUUAUCUUAAAUCACAUGGGUGGGCGGUCAAAUUCAGCCGUAUAUUAAUCCUGGUGCCUCCAGCAAUCUGAAACUAAAAGGGCAUCCGUCAAAAGACAUUUCCACAAAUGCAUCGGCAGGGCAUCCGACAGAUGGUCACGGAGAUGGGAGGGUGUGCCCAUUCAUCCUCUCCGCAUGCAACACUGCUGUUGCUGCAGGACGACUCUAUUAUUAUUUAUUGUUAUGAUUAUUUACCCGGAAAAGCCUCACCGAUUCUCAUGACUCGUUUUUUUUCAGGAGGGUCCUAAUUUUUUCACAGUCCGGCGAGGGGGGUGGGGGGGCGGGAGGCUAUUAUUGAUGUGUAUAAUUUUAACUGUGAGUAAUUUGCGGUGUGAUAUUUCCAAUUUGUCAAAUUUGAACCAAGACGCCAACGGCACACGAUGGCCUACUUCUUGCAAAUGACGUCACGGGAUCUUUGAACGUCCACAGUGAAGCAGACGGCGUGUAUUUUUACGGUUCACACACACGCUAUUGCGGUAGUGACCAGGGCGGCCGCUGGAUUUGAACCGCGGACCUCCGCAAAAGGCGGGGAACGCACCGACCGCCGGGGUUACGACCCCUGCCACCACCUCCCGAGCCAGAACGGCUUUCAGCUCACGGCACCCAACCACUCGCUGCUGGGGUCGCGUCACCGUACUGAGUCGCGUCACCGUGCUGCUGGGGUCACGAACCCCGGGGUCACGUCACCAGCCCCAACUCCCGAGCCGGACCGGCUUUCAGCUCACGGCACCCAACCACGCACUGCUCACCCCCCCCCCCCCCCCCCCCCCCCCCCCACUGCUCACCCCCCCCCCUCAUCUUGGCUCCCCGAGGAAGGGCGCGAAUGCCGUACUUUAGGCACGAGUGUGACCUUUUCAGAACGGGGCUGUUUGGCGGUUUGCCGCGAGGCAAUGACGUCCCGGUGUGUUAUUGCUUGUCCACGCAUUAACUCGCAAGACGAAGCACCUGCUGCUACGAGCAAUGCGCAUACUAAAAUUGAAACUCACAGACGGGCACCUGUGUGUGUGUGUGCGUGUGUGCAGUGCGUGUGUGCAGUGCGUGUGGGAGAUUAUAUUGUGUAACUGGCUUGCUGUGUAGAGUUGCAGUGCGCCUCUGAUUGGGUAGGGCCCCUAGAGAGACUAGCUUUUCCAGUAAAACGGCAGAACUGCUGCAAAUUAUCAUUCCAUAUAAUGAGCCCUCGAACAAUGUGGAUUUGCUGCAAUAUCAUUUAUUGCAAGCCGUUUAUUUUUAUAACGCGUGACGAAAUGACAAUUGAUGAAUAGAGAACUACUUUUAGGGUGGCGCUGCUAGCGCGUGCGCUUCCCUUUUUGGGUUCGUAGUCCAGGGACAUUGGUGGGGUUGAUGCCCCACAGCAGCAAAGGACCAAUUAAAAAAUUCUCGGAUGGCGCAAAGACCCCAGUCAGACCUUAGCCCGGUUCUGUGUUCAAUCUCAUUGGCGUGUGCGCGUGCGUGUGACUUGUUUACGUUCCCUGCAAGCGCGCCGAGUUGCUCCCGUUGUCGUGGUUUUGUCCUUGAUAUUUGAUCGCUAUGUAAAUGACAAUUUUUCCUCGUGUCAUUAUUAAACUUGUUAGUAUUCGUUGUG